AUGGAACCAAUUUCUUAUUCUGAAAUCAUUCGAAUAGAAAAAGAAGUUAACGGCAAAGAUUUAAUAGAAAUAUCUCCAAAUGCAGAAUGUAUUGCUAGUUAUAAUGAAGUAAAAAAGAAAAUUGUCGUAUGGAAUACAAAAGAAGGAAAAUUAAAACCAGAUGAUACGGUUAAUCAAUUUGAUACCAAGAAGAGUAUUUCACAAAUGUGUGUCUCUGACGAAAAAGUAGUAGCGUUUAGUUAUGCCGAACGUACUGCUGAUAAAUAUGAUGUACACGAAGAUUUGAAAAUAAUUGAUUUAAAUAAUCCGGAUCAAGAAAUAAAAUUACGUAUCAAACGUGAAAUAAUAAGUUAUUCUUGUAACUUUAAUUCAAAAGGGGCGUUCAUCUUUUAUACUACUUGUGUAAAUAUUUAUCGCGUGAAUGUUGAUGUUAUUUGGGUUUAUUCAACACAAACUAAAGGUAACAAAUGGAUGUGUUUAAAAAUUUACAAGUUACCUAAAGGUACGGAGUUUAUCAGUAUAUCAAGAAAUGACAAAAUUUUGCUACGUAUGGAGAAUUACAUAAAUGAAUUUAAUAUUGAAACUGGUAAUACUAAAAUUAUUUCCAAUAACAUACUCGGGGCUGAAACGAAAAAUAUUAGAAUUUCUAGCAAUGAUAAGUUUACUUUUCUGAAAAUAAAUGAUGAAAUUAUUGUUUAUUCUGAUAAACUGGAAAUUCCUAUUGCGUUAUUGGAUUCAAAUGAUGGUCUACGAUUUUAUAAAUUUAUGAAACAACAUACUGACUUACGCUCUUUGUUACUCUCUUUAUUUGAUUAUAAGUCGAAUAAUAAAACUUGGAUUUCUUGCUUAAAUCAAAUAACGAAAGAUUCGUUAUUAAGGAAUAAUCAACCUUGGAAUUCUUUCUUAAAUCAAUUAACGAAGGAUCAUUCGCUAGUAAAGAAUAAUUUACCAAUUAUAUUUUUACAAAACCAUCUAUAUGUAUUCGUGAAUGGUUCCGUUUUUAAAAUUAAAUUUGAGUUAGAUAUCAUUCCUUUAUCAGAGGAAUUAAAUAUUAAUGAUGAUGCAGAAAAUUGGAUGGCAUAUUUUGGUAGCGAAAAUGUUGAUGAAAAAAAAACCAACAAUCCUUAUGAAUAUGAAGAUCCGUUUAUACCAAAUGUGAUUAUUGAUACAUCUAAACUUGAAUCGCCUAAGAAAGAAUCCAACUUGCGGAAUAUUAAUGUAAAGAUUUAUAAGAAAGUUGAAAUAAUUGGAUUACGUGUAUAUAGAAAAGUUAAUGAGCCUGAGUUGGAUUUAAUUGAUGAAUCCUUUCAUAAAACCAAAUAUGAAAAAGUAAUUAAAAUAUAUGAAGUCGAGAUAUUUGAAAAUAACGAUAUCGCCAUACUAACUAAUAUUGGCAUUUUUAUUUUCCAUUUAAGUGAAAAUGAUAAGAUUUCAUUAAAAUAUUUUCAUUAUAAUUAUCGACCGGAGCAAAAUAUAAAAAGUAUCGGCAAAUUGCUCAGAUUAACAAAAAAUUCCAUGUUUUCGUUCGAUAAUAAGGAACUAAUUAAGGAAUGGGUUUCGUAUGUAAACAAUGAUAAAAAUCAAUUUUUAAAAAAUGGACCUGGAUUAUUAAUUUUUGCGAUUAAGAUGCAUGACUUAAAAUUAAUUUCUGACAUUUAUAAAAAAUGUUUAAAUUAUUUUAAACAAGAUUUAGAAAACAAUAAGAUGUUCCUGAGUAUUAUUACUACAUCAAUGCCAUUAUUGGAAAAAUAUUAUCCUGAAUAUCUUACAAGAUAUUCGUUGGAUACAAACAUGAUAAUAGACUCUUUGGAUUAUAAAAUAGAACAUAAAGAGUAUUCAUCUCUUCAUCCUUUUACAAAAAAUAUUAAAGUUGUAAAUUUAACGCGGUCUAUCUGGUGGUCGGUUCAUGUUAACAAUUUGUUUGAUGUUGAUGAUGAUUUUGAUCCUUGGAAUAUUACAACCACUUUUACUACUUAUGAUCAAAAAGGAUCAACUGAUCCUAAUCCAUUUAUAAUUCAAGCCCCUGAUGAAAAUACAAAUAUGUUCAGUUAUUAUGGUACCGCACUCUUUGCAAUUUAUUUAUUUUUAACAGCAGAAAUUGAGUUAAUUUACCUAAUUCCACAUCAAAGACGUUGGAAAUCAUGGUUUCCGGAAGUAAUUCAUUACAAUGCUGAUGUCGAUGAAGUGCGUAGAAGGGUUAACGAAUUAAUUAAGAAUAAUGAAUGGGGAUCUGAUGAAUUUCCAGAGAUGAAUGAAAAACUAUUAAAAAUUUUAAAUAUUCACAAAUAG